GAUCCGCCGGCGUCGUUCUGCAUUGCUUUUGGUUGAGUUGUUCGUGCGAAGCUUUUGAUAUUUGUUUUUUUUAUACUCGUACAUAGUAUAAAACAUUGUUUCAGCAUAAGGUUUUUUUAUAUUUUUCGAAAGGAGAGCGCUAAUCAGCUUGCUUCAUGGUAUAUUGGGCACUUGCGACUUAAAUAAUAUGUAACGAACACACGCUAUAUAUGCAAAUUUUCGGAAUAAUCAUGACCGCGGAUUAUGUGGAUUGUGGAAGAUAUUCAUCUUAUUACUCUGGGGUCAGCACAUGGUUAAGCGUCAUUGAAGUUAGCCGCUGCAGGUGUAAAAGUGAAAUGUAGACUGCGGGACAUCUACAGUAUUCGCCAUGUGUAGCCCAAAAAAUCGAAUUAGUGUCUUCGUGGAUCUAAUCGGAUUUUUGGUAUCGGCGGCUGUUGCCGCAUUGAUCGUGUCGUUUGCCACACCUUAUUGGUACCGAUCCGAUCCCUUCCGGCCACCUAUUUUUGUCCUCCCCUACAACACCUUGCCAUUUGAUUCGCUUGGACUAUGGAUGUUGUGUUACCGGAGCGGAUAUCCCAAUAGCGAUAUAUACAGAAGAUAUGACACUGAAUGCCGGUCAUUUUUUACAUUCUUUCGGAACCAAAUUAAUUAUCCGCCAUUUUUUAUGGCAACGCAAGCCCUCUACACAAUUGGACUGGCAGUCUGUUUCAUUGGUUUCAUAAUUCUGAUUGUAACAUUAUUUGCGGGAGCCACUCGGAGAUUUUUGUACGCCCUGGGAACGAUUUUCCUUAUUGGAGCUCUAAUAAUCGCCGGAUCGCUGAUAAUAUUUGGAGCCACUGAAUACGUGCUGUGGUCUAACAGGGAUACCGAAUGGAUAUUUGGGAUUAAUGCUUACUCGGAUAAUGAACUAUACUGGUCAUUUUGGCUCGCGGUGGCGGCAGAUGGUUUGGUGUUUAUUUGUGCCGUGUUUUAUUUCAUCGAAGCGCGGAGGGUGGAAAAACUGACUCCAGUCCGAAAACCAAUUACUAUUACAACUGUUUAUUAUCCGUCCGGCGAAGAUUUUAUUCCUUACACCGCCGUCUAAAUUUGUUAAGUGUCUCAAUCUUUUUUGAAAUACGGUCCUGUUAAAACACGGCAGCGUACCUGUUGGAAAAGUCUAACGCUGCUUAUUUGAACGAUGUGCGCCCUGUCCGGCUAGAAUUUGUUUUGACGAAUUUAUGGAGGUAUCUGGUUUUAGCCAUUUGUUACCACAAAUUCGAAUAAUAAUAAUUAUUGUGCGAUACUGGAUAUCGUUGAUGUCCUGCUCGAUCUCAACUGUUCGGCUGUGUAAUUAUAAGACAAC